GUUUGUUAAAUAAUUAUAUUGUCAACCUAUACUUAUUACAUGUAAAAUUGUUAGUCCUAAGUGUUCAAAAUAUAUAUAUGUCUAUUAGUAUCACCACAUGUAUGUCUCUCUGGCCUUGUUUACACCGUAUGGACUUUUAGUACAGAUUAAGCUAGUGCGCAUCAAACGUUUGAUUAAAGUGCGUUUACAUCGCACAACGUAUGUUUGUAGUGAAAUGUCAGAAGUCAGAACCACGAGCUUCGUGAUCAGUGAUCACCGGAACGCGAACAUUCAUUUGUACGUUAUAAAAAUUAAAAAUGAAUGUAGAAAAUAAUAUUGGAAUUUUAUUUUCCACUCUGUUCGACUUUUAAAAAUCCUUCAAGAUAAUCGGAAGAAACAUAUACGGCAAUUACUUAUAUAUUCGUAAACGAUAUGAAUUAAAAAUAAAGUUACAGAGGUUAUGUUUACAACAAAGAAAUGAGUUAUUAAUGAAGUGGUUACAAAUUAAUAAUUCUAUAUCAAUACCACUAACAAUGGAAGGUAUAAGAUAUCAAAGAAUGUGGCAAUUAGAGAGAAGUUCCGAUUUUUGGAAAAGAAUUUUGAAUAUUCAUUAUAUUCCAAAAGAAUGGUUGGAAAGUUUUCGCAUGACAAAAUUCAGCUUUUCUGAAUUAUGUAAUAAACUCAGAAAUGAAUUAGAACCAAAACCACAAUAUCUGAAACCUAGAGAACCUUUAUCUGUUGAAAAACAAAUAGCUGUGGCUUUAUAUAAAUUAGCUAGCACUGCAGAAUAUAGAGUUAUUGGCAAUACAAUGGGUAUCCAUAAAUCAACUGUUAAAAAGUGUGUAUAUAAAGUAGUUAAAGCUAUUAAUCAAAUUAUGCUUCAAAAUUAUAUAUACAUGCCUCAUGAAAAGGAGGCUAAAUUUAUAGCUCAAAAUUUUGAAGAGAAAUGUGGUAUUCCACAAAUUAUUGGCAGCAUUGAUGGGACUCACAUUGAAAUUAUUCCACCAAGUGAAGGAUGUAAAGAUUUUGUUAAUAGAAAAGGAUGGCCUUCAUAUAAUGUUUUAGCAGUAGUCGAUCAUAAUGGAAGGUUUAGAAAUAUUGUGGCAAAACAUCCGGGAAGUUGUCAUGAUGCUGCUGUUUUAAAAGAUAGUACUCUUUAUAAGAAUUCUAAUACAAUAAUACCUAAGGAAACUCAAAAUUAA